GGCUUUGGCUUCCAUGCUGCUCCAUGAGCCUCCACCGCUUCCUUGGCACGGUGGACACGGGCGCGGGCAACGGCCCUGCCGUGUACCGCCAGUGCCUCGAGUGCCUGGAACGGAUCGGCGCGGAGGAGGUGGAGGUGCAGAAGGGCCGCAUCUUUUGGAAGUCACGACUGGACAUCCCAGGCCUACAGAGCCUGAACUGCUUCGAGAAGGUGCUGCUGACCACCUUCCGCGGCGUUGGCUUCCCGGAAGACCUGGACUGGGAUGAGCAUCUGCGAAGUUGGGAAGGCGUGUGUGGUUCGGUGAGUUCCUUCCGGGUGAGCUGCAAGCGAUCUGGGAAGAUGGCGGAGACCUCGCUGGAGCUGGCAAGGCGCCUGGGCUCGGCUUUACAGGACCGGCAAGAGGACCGCUUUCACUGGGCGCUGGACCUUCAGAACCCACACCUGGAGGUUUGGCUCUACAUCUCCUUGGAAGAGUCCUUCGUAGGGCUACUGCUGCUGCGGCAGUUGCAGCGGCGGCCAACGUACCGCGCAGCCACGGGUCUCCACCCCAACGUGGCCUGGGCCAUGUGCAGUGCCGCCAACAUCCAGGUUGGGGAGGUGGUUUUAGAUCCCAUGUGCGGCACCGGCAUGCUGCUCACAGAGGCGCCAGUGGGCGCCUACGUGGUGGGAGUGGACAUCUCUGCGGAGAUGCUCACCCGCGCCGCAGCCCAUCUCGCCUCUCUGGGGCGCCUGGGAUCGCUGCUGCGGGGGGACGUGACGUGCCUGCCGCUGCCCAGUGGCUUCGCGGACGUGGUGCUGUGUGACCUACCCUUCGGGCGCCAGUUCGGCACAGUGGAGGGCAACAAGGAGUUGUACCCUCGCGCGCUGCGGGAGCUGCGCCGGGUGACCAAGCCUAGCGGCCGCUGCGUGCUGCUCACCUCCGCGGAGAACGGCGCGUUGCUGGCGGCCGCCGAGGGGUGGCCGGUGGUGCAGCAGGCGCCCUGGAAUUUGGGCAACAAGCUGCCAGCCACCGUGUUUGUCCUGGGCUCCCACGCUUGCGACCUCUCGCUUUUUGCCAGUGCUGGACGUUUCGCCCAUGCCCGGAAGCAGAAGAACCCGGACCUGGACCUCCUGUGCCAGAGUAUCCAGGGCAAAGCUGCCACCGUGGCGGUGCUGGUGGAGCCAGGCUAUGAGAGGUACUGCUACAAUGCGAGCAGCAGCCUGGGCAACGUGGGCGUAAGUGCUGCUCGACUAAAGCAGCAGUCAACAGCAGGACAGGCGUAG